AUGUUUAAAGGUCAAACUGCAUUAAUUACUGGUGGAUCUAGAGGUAUUGGGUAUGCUUUAGCUAAAAGACUAGCUAAAGAAGGUGCUACUAUUACUUUACUUGCUAAAAAUGAAGCAUUACUUCAAAAAUCAGUUAAACAAUUAUCAACGGCUGAAAACCAACAGCAUUCCUAUAAAGUACAGGAUUUACUCAAGCUAGCUAGUGGUCAAAGUGCUCCAAAUUUCGCAUCAUAUAAUAUAUUGGUUAAUUGUGCUGGUAUCACUAAUCGUACAUUACUAGUGAGGACACCAAAGCAAGAAAUUUACGAUACAAUUAAUUUAAAUCUAACGGCACCCAUUAUACUAUCUCAAUUAUGUGCUAAAUCGAUGCUAAAAGACAAGGAUCAGCCUCAUUCAAUUUUAAACAUAUCUUCAAUGUUAUCAGUAACGGAUAUUUUUGUACCGGGUACAUCAGUUUAUGCUGCUUCAAAGGCUGGCUUAUUAGGUUUCACAGCUAGUUUAGCUUCUGAAUUACGUGGUAAAAUAAGAGUAAAUAGUAUCAUGCCAGGAUUAGUUAAAGAAACAGAUAUGGGUUCAAUAGCAGCUAAAUCAUUAAAACCAAUUACAAUGGAUCUGGUUAUAACUAAAUCAAUUGAUAUAUUAUAUGAUAAAACUAUAAAUGGCCAAUGUAUAGAAAUAAAUGAUAUAGAGUAA